CACAUGCUCAAGAUGAGGCGGGUGUGGGGCGGCGGCGUCCGUGGACAGAUGCCGAGCCAUCGCCGGCAUUUCUUUGACAAAGUUGGACGAGACUGGGAGAAGGCAUGGAGCGAGAAAGUGACGCCAUGGGAGCUCAAGGGAGUGAACCCUUCGUUUGUGGAAGGUCUGGCGAAGCUGUCUCCCCCGUCAUCUACUGCGAACCGCCGCACGGCGCUUGUGCCAGGAUGCGGAUCGGGGUUUGAUCUGUUGCACUUGCAUUCUCAAGGCUGGGAGCCUACAGGAUUGGACAUUUCGGCGAAAGCCAUCGAUAUUGCACGAGCGAACGUCGGACGCGAUGCCGACGCGAUUUCGCUCGUCCAUGGCGACUUUUUUGCCACGAGCGCCACUUCUCCCCUUGAACUGGCCUCGUUUGACCUGAUCUACGACUACCUCUUCUUUGCUGCAAUUGAACCCGAUAUGCGAGCUGCUUGCGCCGCGCAAUUCCAUGCGCUCCUUCGACCCGAUACCGGUCGACUUCUCACGCUGCUCUUUCCCUUGGCAUUGCUGCCGUCGUCCACGUCCCCUUUGUCAUCCAACACUGAUGGCCCACCAUACGUGCUGUCACUGGAUGACUACCGCCGCAUUUUGGAGCCAGCGGGCCUCGUUCUUGAAGCCACGCAUGCCCCUACCCGAUCGAUCAAACCACGUCGAGGCCGAGAGCUACUUGCAGUCUGGUCACGUCGAGCAGCCAACUAACUAGCAGACUCAUUACUUGACCCUUUUACACUAUCCAUAGCACGUGGUACAAGUGCA